AUGGGGAGCAGUGGCGAUGCUACAAAUGCAGCAUCAAACGAGGCGUCCAUGUUCGCCUUCUAUCGAUAUGACCCCAGUAUGGCCGGCGCCGUAAUCUUCACUGUCCUGUUCACGAUAACGACAUUAUGGCACGCGGUGCAGCUGUUCCGAACUCGAACUUGGUUUUUUAUCCCAUUCCUGGUGGGUGGUAUAUUUGAAAUCAUCGGCUACAUUGGACGCGCCCUGUCGAGUCAUGAGAGUCCAAACUGGACCCUUGGUCCUUACUUGAUCCAAACUUUGUUUCUUCUUCUUGCGCCUGCUCUCCUAGCUGCCUCUGUUUACAUGCUCCUCGGACGCAUCAUCUUGAUUCUGCGAGCAGAGUCCCAUGCAAUCCUCAGUAAAAAAUGGUUGACCAAGAUCUUUGUGACGGGAGACGUUCUUUCAUUCUUUCUACAAGGUGCCGGAGGCGGCAUCCAGAGCAGCGGCAGCCUAGACAACAUGAAGCUGGGUGAAAGGAUCAUCGUGGCGGGACUCUUCGUCCAGAUAUUCUUUUUUGGCUUCUUUAUAGUCACAGCGAGUAGCUUUCAUUUAAAGCUGAGAAAAUAUCCGAUCCCACGAUGCCACGAUCCGUCGAUUCCGUGGAUCAAGCAUCUGAACGUCCUGUACGCGACCAGCUUCUUGAUUAUGGUGCGGUCGGUGUUCCGCUUGGUGGAGUAUCUUCAGGGCAACAAUGGGUAUCUUUUGCAUCAUGAGAUAUUUCUCUACAUCUUUGAUGCCGUAUUGAUCUUCGUUGCUAUGCUUCUUUUUAACAUCUUUCAUCCUAGUGAAUUGGCGCAUCUGCUGAGGGAGGCACACGAGUACGAGCUGCAGAGUACAUAUGAUAAAUAUGAGGUGUAA